AUGUUGCGUUUGUCAGCCGAUAAGGCGGCCAAACCACUGGGCAGCUACGGACUGGACUCAUUGGCGGCGGCGGAGUUCCGCAAUUGGUUGCGAUUGGAGCUGAAGGUUGAGGUGACGACCUUGGAGAUCACCAGUGCGGCGUCUUUGAUGGCGUUGUAUGAGAGAAUCGGGUCACAGUUGCUGGGAUAA